AUGACCACGGAGAGUUUUUCAGAGUUCCUGAAUAAGCUCAAGGAAAUCCAUGAGAAAGAGGUCCAAGGUCUGCAAAGCAAGCUGACGGAGCUGACGACGGAGAAGUGCCGUGAUGCUCAGAGAAUUGAAGAGUUGUUUGCUAAAAAUCACCAAUUAAGGGAACAACAGAAGGUCCUUAAGGAAAACGUAAAGGUGUUAGAAAACAGGCUGCGAGCAGGUCUCUGCGACAGAUGCAUGGUCACCCAGGAGCUGGCGAAAAAGAAGCAGAAUGAGUACGAGACCUCCCAUUUCCAGAGCCUGCAGCACAUCUUCAUCCUCACUAACGAGACGAACCGCCUGAGGGAAGAGAACAAAACUCUCAAGGAAGAACUGAAGAGGCUCCAGAGCCUGGAGGACAGGACAAAGCCCCCAGGAGUCACCCCCAGAGAGAGCAGCUCCACCCCCAGCUCCCAAAAGCCUGCAGGACAGAGAAGCUCUCCAAGCAGUAGGACUUCCCCGAGCACUGUCCUCCAAGAAGUCAGCCUCGCAGAAAUUGCGUCCCAGAGGAUUGCCAACCAGCUGCAUGGAACCAUAGCCCUGGUGAGACCCGGCUCCAGACCCUGCCUCCUGGAAAAAAGUCCUUCGAGGGCAGCAGUGUCCCCACCAGGAAGGAAAACUCCUCUCCCGUCGGAGCGCGAGCACAGCCCCAGCCUUGAGGCUUAUUUAACAGCAAGCAAACCGGACUCCCCCAAGGUUGCUCCAUCCUACGAAAACCUAAAACUGACCGCCCGGAGAGAGCAGCUCUGCCUCCUCCACAAGCACCUUUCCCUGCACCAGCUGGGGCUGGCGAGCAACUGUGCCUCGGCCGACCGGGAUGGCAGCAGCUUCUCCAGUCAUUUGCUCAGGGCCAAAGACGCGGAUGGCAGGACGCGGUCGCGUGAUGGCUGGGAAGAUCGCGCAACCUUGCUGAAGCUCCCUGCCGCCAUGGUGUACGUGAGGGAUCAGCACCUGGAGGAGAAGCUGCACCUCCUCAAGCACAGGGAGCGGCUGCAGCAUUUCCUCAUGCAGCAGUGCCAGCCAGGCCAGCGGGCAGAUGGAGACCCAAAGCUCGCACCCGAGGAGCGGCCCCUCUCCCCGUGGCCGAGCGUCACGCCAGGAUGCAAGGAGGAAAGGUCCUUCCUGGAGGAUGCCGCAGAUGGGAAGGAAGAGAAGGAGCUUUGGCUGAGCCGGGACAGCUCCGAGCUCCGAGAAAAGGUGAAGGCGGCAAGGGACGAUGGUGCAGACACACCGCUGGAUCUGUCAGACUCCGGCCGUGGCAGGGAAACGGGCUGGCACAACCGCCGGGAGCCGAGCCCUGGGAGACACGGGGCAGAGCGGGACGACUUGCGCUUCCCCUACCGCUGGCCCAAUGCCACCCGGGCACUGCCUGGUGCUGUCGAGGAGGAGGAGGAGGAGGAGGAUGCAGCUGUGCUCACGCUCUCACGGGAACAUCCAACAAACAACUCCAUGCCGAGCAACGCAGAGGCCCUUCCAGAGACCGGGGCAAGACUGGCUGUCAGCGCACAGAAGGGAGAAACAGAUGACGAUGAUGCUGAGUCUGGGAAGCAGGAAUCUGAUGAGCCAGACACGACGGACAGCGAGGUGGCUGCCCCAUAUGAAGAUGAUCUCCUACAAGAAGCCCAGGCUGAUGGGAAAUAUUUUUGCACCAAAGACAAAGCUCAUGCACUGCAGAAGAAGAGAAAAAGAGGACAGGAUCCCUGGACAAAAGGAGCUAAGAAGUCAAUGAGAGGAAGAAAGAAAGUCAAAGUGGAGCCGUGCUCAGCGGGGAUCACGAAGGAACCAGAGAACUGCUCCGCUUCCCACAAUGAUACCUCCGAGGAGAGCUAA